AUCCCGUUUGAAACAGCGUCUAUUAAGUCGGUGUGCACCUUGCAUGUGUGCUGGAGCCGUGCUUUCUGGGUGCCGAGUCGGGUCCAAGCCUCGGAUAAGCUCCGCCCCUUUACGAGCAUCGGACACCUCCAGCACAACAAAGCAUGUGUGGCGCCGCAACAUUGUUCCUUAACUGAACGUGCAGAAUACGGGAUUUUGCAUAUUUUGACUUCUUCUUUGCUCUUCCCUAUUGAUGCGCAACCCGCAGUAGUGGCUACCAUGACAACAGAAGCCAGUGCCGUGAGCGAGGCGGACACUGAAGGCAAGCAGAAGGCUAGCGCCGCUGAACCCGAACCUGAGAACAAGCAGAGUCCAGAAGCAGCGGCAUCAGAGCCGGAGGGCGAGCAGUCCAGCAAGAAGGGACAGGCCGCUGAGCCCGCCGCCUCCGCCGAUGCGGCUUCCUCCCCUGAAGAGGAGCAGCUGAAACCUCGCACCAGAACUUCUGCCGGCAAAGGCCUCUCUCGUCUCUUUUCCUCUUUCCUUAAGCGCCGCUCGCAGUGCUCAGAAGGAGAAGGCUUUGAGGCAGAGAAAGCCAGCGAGGAAAAGCAAGACAAAGAAGAACAGGCUGGGAAAGCGGAGGAAGAGAAAGAAGAAGAAAAAGUGAAAGCUGAGGAGAAGAAUGCUGUCCUAGAGGAGGAACCCGAUUCGAAAGAGGUCAAACGGAGCGAAGAGAAACCGCAAAAGGAGGAAAAGAAGACUGAGCCGGAGAAACUUGAGAAGAAAGGUAGCAAGAAGAAAAAGAAAGAAAGCAAGAAGAAAACUGAGGAGAGGGAUGCGGAGAAAGUGAAAACCGCAGAGGAGAAAAAGGAAGAGGAGCAGGACGAGAAGAAAGAGGAGGAGAGGAUAGAGGAGCCCAAAGAAGAGGCAAAGGUAGAGGACGCUGUGGAAAUAGAAGAAGAAAAAUUGGAAACAAAAGAAGUUAAGAGGACCGAAGAUAAAUGCACUGAAACGGAGCCCGAAAAGGAGGAGGAAAAAGUUGAUAAAAAGGGAGCAAAGAAAAAGGAGAAAGAGGAGAAGGUGAAGAAAAGGGAAGAAGAAAAAGCGAAGAAAAAAGCAGAGGAAGAAGAAAAGGCAAAGAAGAGGGAGGAGGAGAAGGAGAAAAAGAGAGAGGAGGAGAAGGCAAAGGAGGCAGAAAAAGCCAAGAAGAAGGAGGAGGAAAGGGCCAAAAAGAAGGAGGAG